AUGUCUCCCGAACAACAAAAGCCUCUUAGCUGGUGGAAGCGCCACUGCACUCCUCCUCCAGCGCUCAACCGUACACCUCAAUGUCCUUGUUCCGCUUGCUGGAACGGUAACGGCGAGCACUGGAAGACCACCGCUCCUCAGACUGCCGGCCCGAGCAUGACCACGUCGUCUCAGACCUCACCGAAAAAGGAAACGAGAACGUCUGCCCUCCGACGAGAGACGGAAACAGACCUGACACCCCUCCGACGCGAAGAAACCUCCUCGACGACGAACCUCAGUGUCUACUCCCAAGAAAGCAGGGCCAGCUCGGACAGGAUCUCGCUCACAAACAUUCACCGCCUCGUUCGGGGGAAGGAGAUUGUCUAA